CCUUGCAUCAAUCGUUAUUACCAUUCAUGUCGAGAUGUUUACACUUCAAAUAUCAGAAUCGGUAAGCUCUGCCGUGCUGGGAAAAUGGACCUUGGCCGCAAACUGUUCGACGAAAUGCCUACAAGAGACGUUGUUUCAUGGAACGCGGUCAUUACUGGCUAUUGGAAAAAUGGGUAUAUUGUAGAAUCCAAGAGAUUAUUUGAUUUAAUGCCUAUAAGAAAUGUAGUAUCUUGGAACUCGAUGAUCGCUGGUUGUGUCGAAAAUGGUAGGAUAGAUGCUGCAUUUGUGUACUUCAGCGAGAUGCCUGAGAAAAAUAUAGCUUCUUGGAAUGUUAUGAUUUCGGGCUUUAUUAGGCAUAGAAGGAUUGAGGAAGCUGUUAAGCUUUUCGAACAAAUGCCAAGGAGAAAUGUGAUAUCUUAUACGGCCAUGAUUGAUGGGUAUGCACAGAAAGGGGACAUUAAGAAAGCAAGGGACUUAUUUGAGUCCAUGCCAGGCCGAAAUGAAGUUUCUUGGACCGUGAUGAUCAGUGCGUAUGUGGAAAGUGAUCAAGUUGAUGAGGCUAGAGAAGUCUUUGGUCGGAUGCCAUAUAAGAAUGUAGUUGCUAUGACGGCUAUGAUUACCGGUUACUGCAAAGAAGGAAAGAUGGAAGAUGCUAGGAUGUUGUUCGAAGAAAUUCAAUCCAGAGAUGAUGUUUCUUUUAAUGCUAUGAUAACAGGUUAUGCUCAAAAUGGAAGAGGUGAGGAAGCACUAAGACUACUCGUAGAUAUGAUUCGUAGUCGCUUAAGACCAGAUCAAUACACCCUUGUUUCUAUCCUUGCUGCAUGUUCCAGCCUUGCAUCACUAACACAAGGCAAACAAACUCAUGCACUUGUGUUCAAAAAUAGGUUUGACACACAUGUUUCUGUGGGAAACGCUCUCAUCACUAUGUACAGCAAAUGCGGAUGUCUUACCGACUUUGAGGCAGCUUUUGAACAUAUUAGCUGUCCGAACAUUGUCUCGUGGAACACAAUCAUUGCUGCUUUUGCACAGCAUGGACUCUACGAGAAAGCUCUCUGCUUUUUCAAAAAGAUCGAAUUGCAUGGAAUUGAACCAGAUGGGAUAACUUUUCUUAGUUUACUCUCUGCUUUUGGUCAUGCAGGUAUGGUGAAGGAGAGUUUAUAUUGGUUUGACUCCAUGAAAAACAAUUACAAUUUGGCACCUAGGUCUGAGCACUAUGCUUGCUUGAUUGAUAUCUUGGGUCGAUCUGGUCACGUUGAGAAUGCUUAUAAGAUGAUUCUGAAGAUGCCAUUUGAAGCCGAUUUGGGAGUUUGGGGUUCCCUUCUUGCAGGCUGUCGUUUUAGUUUGAAUAUUGAGCUAGCAGAAUUAGCUGCACAGCAGAUCAUGAAAUUGGAUCCUAAAAACUCUGGGGCUUAUGUUAUGUUGUCUAAUAUUUACGCCGCAUCCAAUUUGUGGAGAAAAGUGACUGAAGUGAGACGUUUGAUGAAGGAAAACCAAGUCAAGAAGCAAACAGCGUUUAGUUGGAUGGAGAUCAACAACAUAGUACAUUAUUUUGUGGGAGGAGAUGCAUCCCAUCUAGCCAUCCCUGAGAUUCACAUGGUGAUCGUUCAACUUUACUCACAAAUGAAAGGUACAGAGGAUAUUGCUUAGUAGACGGGUUAUUUAGGAGGAGAAGAACCUUUUGACAGAUUUUUUUUAUAUGCAUGACCUUCUGAUAGAUUUAGGAACGCCUCUUCUAACACAAAAAUGCCUCAAAAUGUGUUGGAAGUUUAUGCAUUUAAAAAAAAUAUGUUACAAAGUUAUUCUCCUAAAUAAUUUUAAGCCACCCAUGAGAUUCACUCGGUGAUCAUUCAACUUAUACUCACAAAUGAAAGGUACGGAGGGUAUCGCUUAGUAGAUGGGUUAUUAGGGAGAAUAACCUUCUGACAUAUUUCUUUAAAAUGCACGACUUUAUGAUAGAUUUAAAAAUGUGUCUGUCUAACAUAUUCCUGACCUAGAGUGCCUUAAAAUGUUGUGGAAGAUCAUGCAUUUAAAAGAAAUCUGUUAGAGAGAUAUUCUCCUAAAUAACUCUUGCUUAGACUAGUAACAACCGGAGCUGCUUGAUGGAGGUUUAGACCAAGGUAGUUCUGGUUACUAGAGAA